UUUAGUUUUAUUUUGGCUUGGUGUACGACGGUAUCCGGUUGUGGGUAUUGACCAGUGGAUUUUCAUCAUCGGAGGAGUGAGAAAUCAAUUGUUUUUAAUUAAAUUCAGUGGCGAGUAAAUACUUAACGAGUGAGUUAACGAAGAAUAUCUGAAAAAUCGAACAUUUGCUUUUUAGGAUAAAGCCCAACGGGAAAGUGUCCUUUAACAUCAUAAUCAGGACAAGAGGAAAGUGCCAGGAUGGAGGCGAUAAAGAAGAAAAUCGCGGCGUUGAAGAUGGAGAAGGAUACGGCCAAUGAGAUGGUAGAGGCCAAUGAAACUAAAGCGAGACAACAAGAUAUGAAAGCUGAUUUACUUUUUGACGAAGUGCGUGAUUUAACUAAAAAAUUAGCGACACUUGAGCACGACUACGAAGUCGCUAAAGUGAGCCUCGAGACGCAAACAGUAGCACUGGAGCAAUGUGAAAAAUCGUGGACCAAGGCAGAGCAAGAUCGAACAGUGCUAACAAAACGAGUGCAGGAGAUUGAACAGAGUCUCUCGAAAAAAGAGGAAUUGCGUUUACUCGCUCAGGCAAAACUUGAGAAAGCUGUGGAAUCGGCUGAUGAUGCUAAACGAAUGUGCAGAGUACUUGAGGAUCGAAAUCGUAUUGAUCUUGAGCGUGUGGAGAAACUUACCGCUGAAUUGAAAGAUGCCAGGCUGAUUGCUGAAGAUGCUGACAAUAAAUCCGAGGAAAUAGCUAAUAAAUUGUCGUGGGUCGAGGAGGAGCUUGAAUCGGCUGAGGAGAGGGUUAAGAAUAGCGAGGCAAAAAUUAUUGAGCGUGAGGAUGAACUGUUUAUCGUGAAGAAUAUCGUAAAGUCCCUUGAAGUGUCCGAACAGAAGGCGAAUCAACGAGUUGCUGAUUCCAAGGUACAGCUCAAAGAGUUGAAAGGAAAGGUGAAGGCUGCUGACAAGCGUGCUAUCCUAGCAGAAAAGGCUGUCAGAGCAUUGCAGAAAGAAGUGGAUCUGAAAGAGGAUGAACUCAGAGAACAAAAGGAAAAAUGCCGGGAAAUUACUGAUGAACUGGAUCUAACGUUCGCCGAAAUGACGGGCUAUUAAGAAUGACCGAAUUACGAUACAUUUUGCUUCUGAAUUCGCUAAAUCCACGCAAAAUAAAAUCGAUGAAAAUCGAUCAUCUUCAUCUUCAUCAUCAGCUUUCCACUUUAUUUCAGUUUGCGUACUUAUUAGCUUUUAAUCGAGUGCACGCAAUCUAACGCAGAGUACUUAUAAUCCGGCCUUUUAAACUCUUUCAAAAAUAACCCAUGCGUACACCUAUAGCUUGUCUCGUAACUGCGAAUUGACUGAGCCAUUUCUUUGGAUUGAAUUGAACACAUUUAGUCAUACACAAUCAACGACACACGCAUUAAUAGCAUUACAACGAUGCUUUUCUUUCCGCUACAUAGAAUUAUUGUGAUUAUUAAGAUGUCUCACUGAGGGCAAAUUAUUAUUUUGUUUUCAGAAAAAAAAAAC